CUCGUUCGCAGUGGUGUUACAAGAAACGUGGCUGCUCACAGGCAUUUUUUUCCGGUGGUUACAUGUCAAAUAUUCUGUCGAUUCAUUGACGUGUCGGACACAAAUUCGAGACAUCGAUAGUUUGUAAUUGCAUUUGUUCAUUACGAUAUCAACGUUAUGUGAAAUUACCCUUUUUUUUUUUUAACAAAAUCUUGUAUCCGCUACUUACCAAGCAUUAUAUCAACGGUUACCGGCUAGCCUAACAAGUUUCUUCAAACACAAAAUUUGCAGUGAAUAUUUCAAUAAUAUAGAAACAACAAGAGAAAAAUACAUCAUUGGGUAUUGUGUUUUCUUAAUGCCCGUGUACCUUAUUCAACCUCUUCCACGUGUAAAAAGGGAUAUUAACAAAUAGUUUGGCGGGUUUGUUUACGUCAUUACAGGUAACGAUAAAGUAAGGCUUAAAUGUAACAUAAACUUCUGUAUCGAUUAGUUCACGGAAAUGGUAACGUAAUUUAUAUUCCCCGGGGAAGAUUUCGUUAGAAAACUGCAUGUGUAUCAUUUCAUUUGGAAAAUGGCACUCGCUGUUCGUUAUUCUGUCAACAGGAGCUAUAUUAAAUCCCUAACAAUGUCCGCGAUGUCGACAUCGUCGUCGAUGGAUGAUCGUAUGUUGAAAGGAAUACAGAGGGUGAUACCGAAUCUGACCAACACCAAGUACAAAGGCCAGGAUGGUAGAAUCGGGGUCUUCGGUGGUAGCACUGAAUACACUGGCGCGCCGUAUUUCGCAGCAAUGAGCGCGUUGAGGACCGGCGCCGACCUCGUUCACGUGUUCUGCACCAAGGAUGCCAGCGUCCCAAUCAAAUCGUUCAGUCCGGAACCGAUAGUCCAUCCGAUCCUGGAUCAGCACGAUCCGCUGAAGCAUAUAAUCCCUUGGCUGGAUCGUCUGCACGUUAUCCUGAUCGGGCCUGGACUUGGCAGGGACGAGAAGACAUUCAAGAUCAUCGUUGACUUGAUAUCAACCUGUCGUGACUUGAAGAAACCGUUGAUCAUCGAUGCGGAUGGGCUGUUCCUGGUCUGUCAGAAGCCCGAAAUCGUAAAGGACUAUCCAGGACUCGUUAUGACACCGAACGCAAUGGAGUUCAGCCGUUUGGCCAAAGCGGCCCUGGACAGGAACAUUGCGCCCUCCCCUGUGGUGAAAGCUUCCGACGUGAAACACGUGGCGGAGGCUUUUGGGAAAAACGUGGUGAUUCUGCACAAAGGAGCGAAGGAUGUGAUUGUGGACGGUCACAAGGGUACCGAGACUGUCUCCUGCGGAUUGGCCGGCUCUGGAAGGAGAUGCGGUGGACAGGGCGAUCUCUUGGCUGGUUCCCUCGCUGUCUUCUGGUGGUGGGCUAUGAACGCAGGAACCAGCGAAUGCGCCCUUUCGCCUUCGACAGUGGCCUGCUAUGCCGCGUGCAGACUCAUUCGAGAGUGCAAUGCGUCGGCCUUCAGAUCAAAGCAGCGAGGAAUGUUGACGUCCGACAUGUUGGAGCAAAUUCAGCCGGUCUUUAGCAAGAUCUUUGAGACUCACAACAACAAGUAACGCAGAAUGCAUCGUGAACUUCGAAGUUCUUCGUUUAGUGGAAGAGGUCGAAUUCGAGGUGCCGUCUCGUGAAGCAUGCACACACAUCCUUGCAACAUUAUCCAAAAUUAAACUCUUCAUCAACGCAUCCCGCAUUACGUGUAUUGCUUUGAAUGCACUUAUAAAAGUCUGUCUUCGAAAAGUCGUAUAUAAAUAAAUAUAUAU